UGUGUCACUCUGGUCGACGACCACGGCGCAGACCCUCUUGUGUCCGUGCCGUUUCGCUACGACCGAAGACGUCGUUAUAGCGAAGCCUCCGCAGUCCUCGACGGACGACCUAUUUGAGACAGUGCGGUGAACUCUUUGACUGCGCCGUGAACUCUGUAGAAUGGUGUGCCCGAGGACUGAGUCGUUCACAAGCAAGCCUCCUCCCGUCAACACUUACACGGGCCGAUUGCCUAGUGCCGACGGAUGUCCUAACCCGACCGCGCCUGUCAAGAGAGACUACGCCUUCAGACGCUGCAGUAUGAAUCCUCAAGAUUGCGCACGUUAUGGCGUGCAUAGGCCGUCAUUCACGCAGACCGGCUUCAACGACACGUACCUCCAACUGCCCAAACACAAGACGGCGCCGGGCGACGUUCUCAAGCGCAUCGGCAAGUCUCAAUGCAACACCCGCCACCUGAAGCAUUCGGCACUGAGGUUGCUGCCUGUGUUCGGAUGGCUGCGGACGUACCGUGUCAAGGACUACCUGCUCGCCGAUGUGGUCACCGGAUUCACCGUCGCCAUGUUUCAAGUCCCGCAGAGUUUGGGUUACACUCUCCUCGCAUCUGUGCCCCCUGUUUUCGCCCUGUACAACGCAAUGUUCCCGAUGAUGAUUUACAUCAUCCUGGGAACGGUCAGGCAAGCAUCUGUUGGCGCGGACGCUAUCAUGUCUAUGAUGACGGGUGGCAUCGUUCGGGAACUCAUCUCUGGUGACACCGGUGGUCAUCACCCCAUGGUCGGCACACACAACGGCACGCACGCUGGGCAGUACACAGUGACGCAGGUCACUUCUGCACUAUGCUUCACCAUUGGCAUUAUACAGUUAGCGUUCGGCUUCCUGAGCCUCGGCACGUUGAACGUGUUCCUCUCGGAGCAAAUGGUCAACGGCUUCGCAACAGGCGUGGCCGUCCAGGUGGUCAUCAGCCAGCUGGGGUCCAUCUUCGGGAACCACGUGCCUCACAUGAGCGGAAUGUUCACCAUAUACAAGACGUUGUACGCCUUCUUCGAGCACAUCCACGAGGUGGCGUGGCAGACGACUCUCGUAGCGUUCGUCGCCAUCGUGGUCAUCAUGGUGGUCAAGCUGUUCCUCGACCCUCCCGUCAUCCGCAGGCUCGGAAUCCCGCUACCCAUUGAACUCACCGUCGUGGUACUAUUCACAGUUGGGUCCCACUUCUUGAACCUCAGAGAAAACUACGGCGUUGAAGUGGUUGGAACCAUACCUGAAAAGUUGCCCGAGCCCACUCUUCCCAGCUUCAACACGCAUCUCAUCGCAAGCAUCCUACCCGAGUCGUUUGCCUUGGCCAUCGUCAGUUUCGCCAUCACUCUCUCACUGGGGAGAAUCUUCGGCCAGAAGCAUGGUUACGCUGUUGACGCUAAUCAGGAGUUCCUCGCCCUCGGAGCGAGUCACGUGUUCUCAUCGUUCUUCUCCUGCUUCCCAAUCGCCGCAUCGGUGCCUCGCAGUGCUGUUCAAGAGGGCGCUGGUGGCAAGACUCAGAUUGUGAGUGUGGUGAAUAUCGUCAUCAUCGUCCUGAUGGUUCUCUUCCUCGGUCACUACUUGGAGGAGCUGCCUAUCUGUGUCUUGGCGGCGAUCAUCGUGACAUCAUUGAAGAAAAUCGUCAUGCAGGUUCAGGACUUCAAACGCUACUGGGACAUUUCAAAGAUCGACGGACAAGUGUGGAUGGUCUCUUUCGGUGCCACCGUCAUCUUCGACGUCAUCACUGGACUGGCCAUUGGCGUAGGCUUCUCGCUGCUCACUCUCAUCUACAAGAUCCAGAGGCCUAAGACGUUCCUCCUUGGUUCUGUGGCUGAUACGGAGUUCUUCGUGCCCAUCAAGAAAUACCAAAUGGUCGACGAGAUUCCCAAGAUCAAAAUCUUCCAUUUCGGUGGACCUGUUCACUUCGCCAACACAGAAUACUUCAAGGAGCAACUGAACAAGAAGGUCGGCUUCACUGUCAGAGACGUGCUCAAGGCCCGGAAACGAGCCCAGAAGGGAUCCACGUGCAACAUCGCCAACCUAGUCAAGGAUUCACCGAUGCUGGGCGCUGAGUCCAAGAACGCCUCGUUGAACUGCAGUGUGGCCGCGGACCUGUGCUCGUUGAAGUCGAGCAACAGUUGUGUCGCCGAAAUGCUCGCCCUGCCCAGCCACAUCGUCCUCGACUUCUCUCGUGUCUCUUUCAUGGACGGAUCGAGUGUUGCUCUGCUGAAAUCGCUUAAACGGGAUUACGACUCUGUUGACGUCAAGCUCUUCAUUGCUGCAUGUUCCGACUCCGUCUUCGACUUCCUACGCAAAGCGGAUGCAGUGGAAUUCCUCGGCUCAGACGCUUUCUUCCCAUCCGUUUUCGACGCCGUUCAGGCAGCCCAGCAUCCCAACAAGUUCAUUGGAGCCAUUCCCGAGCCCCCACCCUCCAUUGUCGAACCAGAACCAGAUACGGAAUCUGUAGACACUCAUCCAGAAGUUUCAGAAUUUCUUUGAAAGAGAUUCCCAAGUUUACAAGCCGCUGUCGUGACGUCACAUCUCGCUUUUGCACUUUUGUAAAUAUUUGUAAUAAACAUCCUACAUGUUUUUAGUAUUUAUUCACAAAU